AUGAAGGAGGCCUUCGUGUUCACGCUGUGCCUUAAACUUCAGGCUACAAACGAUGAUUUUCCACCUCCCCAGGAUGAGCCUGGCUCUGCUUCAUUGGCUCAUCUGCCAACAUUUCCCAUCCCUACUUCCCGGUCCAGCCCAGUCCCCUUUGACCGCCCAGACCCUUCCCACAGUGAAGCAGAGGAUAUGAGGGGUUCUGGUGCCCCCACGUCCCGGGCAGAAAUGAUCCCUCCCACUACAGUAGUGCACAGCUCCCUGCCACUAGGGGGCGCUCCCAGUCCCCACAAACAGGGGGGUGGUCGUGUCAUCACAGCCAGUCAACAGAAACCCUUAAAAACGGUAACGGCUCGCAUCACUGCGCGCUCUGACGUCUUAAAGGCCGCACGCAGCAACCUCCAGGUGAUGGGUGUGGCUCCGCCCAUGAGCUCUGUGAUCGUUGAACGCCAUCAUCCUGUCACUCAGCUCACCAUUGGUCAGGCCACAGCUGCUAAGUUCCCCCGUCCCUCCAAACAGGUCCAGAGCUCCUCUGCAGGCAGGAGCUCCUCCAGAACACACACCAACACGUGCCAAGUACACUCCAUCAAAGUGGUUGACUAACCACACACAUAUCGCAUGGAAAGUGUUCUUCACCUCGUGACAUUUUAAAUGGUUACACAUCCUAUGCAACAAACCUAGAAAUAGUUGCCAUGGCAUACAUUUGGUCUAUUUUAUUUUGGGGUGAAUUUGACCUUGUUGUUAGCAUUUUUUUUUUUUUUAGCUUCCUCUCAUGAAUGUGUUUCUUUAGCAAUAUAAUUUUCUCUCAGGAAAGAGCCACACAGAUACAGGUGUUUAGAAAUGCACAUGUUUUUAUUAAUACCAGCAUGACGGAUUUUUAUAAAAACUUUUAAAUUAUGCACAGGUGAGACUGUACUGUAAUGUUUUAAAAUGCAUGUUUUAAGUAUUUAUUUUAUUGAUGACUAUUAAGACCGUCCAACACCACAGGUUGUUUUCUUUACUAAACCAAAGCCAUAUUUUGAUGAUCUAAAUCAAUUAUUUUACUGCUAACUUCUUGUAUCAUUGAAAACUUUAUUAAGACGACGUUGAUGUCAGUCCAUAGUUGCAGAGCUCAUUCUUAUGAAAUGCUGCAGCUCUUACUACUGGAACUCUCUGCCUCCAUCCGAAUCCUAUCUGGA